AUGAGUUACUCUUCUACUGAGAUCUGUGCCUUCCGAGGAUCAACAGUGGACAUUAACUGUACCUACACAUACCCAUCCACAUUGAAUUACCUCGAUACUACAGUUCAGAAAACUUUCUGGUUCAUUAAAGUGAGUAAUGGGAUUUACGUUGAUCUAAGGACUGAUCCGGAGUAUUCAGGUCGUGUGGAGUAUCUCUGUGGAAACAACAAGUGCACUCUGAGAAUCUCUAACCUGAUAGAGAGCGACUCAGCUGUGUACAAGUUCAGGUUCACAACAAACCAGGUUGGAGGGAGUCUUACUGGUUCAGCUGGAGUCACUCUGAAUGUCACAGACCCUCAGCUCCAGGUUCAUGUGAGGAGAUCAACAGCCUAUCCAUCUUCUACCUGGACAGAGCUGACCUGUCACAGCAGGUGUCAGGUCCCUGAUCAUCUUUCCUACGUUUGGUACAAUAACAAUAAACUUGUUGGACAAAAAAAUUACUUGCACCUCCGACACUUUGAUGCUGAAGACAGCUAUCACUGUGCUAUAGAAGGACAUGAGCGUUUCACUUCUCCUUCAUUGGAUGCUCCAAAGCCUCCCUCUGUGUCAGUGAGUCCCUCUGGUGAGAUCAUGGAGGACAGCUCUGUGAAUCUGACCUGCAGCAGUGAUGCUAGCCCAGCAGCUAAAUACACCUGGUACAAGAGAAGUGGAGAUAAACAAGUUCAACCUCUCAGUGAAGAGACACACUUUGUCCUCAGCUCCAUCCGGUUGUCAGACUCUGGAGAGUAUUACUGCACAGCUGAGAAUGAGCUGGGAAGGAGCUCAGCAAACAUCUUGAUAACUGUGACAUUCUGUUGUCUAGGGAAGUCAGUGAUAAUC